GGUGUGCGGGGUGAGAGGGAACAGGGCCUAUCAGGAAGGGCUGCCAACUUGGUCGGGUUUUAUGGUCGCCUUCUUGCUUUUAUAAGGCAGUUUAACGGAGCUGGGGUUGAAAGGCUCUCUACAUGUGACUGAAGGCCGAGGAGAAGCAGUCUGGAUGCUACUGGUCCUCUUGUGAGCAGGUGAAUCCAGACAGGGGCAGCAGCAGAGAAGAUGGGAGGUGGAGGACAGCAGACUGAGCCAGCAGAGCCAGGUAGCGGGAAGGCUGCAGGUGUUUAUACCUGGGAGGAGGUGCAGAAGCACCGCAGCCGGAACGACCAGUGGCUGGUGGUCAACCGACAGGUUUAUAACAUCAGCCAAUGGGUCAAACGACAUCCAGGAGGGUCCCGAGUAAUCGGGCAUUAUGCUGGAGAGGAUGCAACGGAAGUUUUUGCAGCCUUUCAUCCUGAUCAAAAGUUUGUGCAGAAGUUUCUGAAGCCUCUGCUGAUUGGAGAGUUGGUGGCGACAGAGCCAAAUCAGGAUGCAAAUAAAAAUGCAGAAAUCAUUCAGGAUUUUGGUCAUUUACGAGAACAGACAGAGAAUAGAGGCCUUUUUCAAGCUCAGCCUUUAUUCUUCUGCCUCCAUCUGGGUCACAUCUUGGUGCUGGAGGCCGUCGCCUGGCUGAUGGUCUCGUACUGGGGCACGAGUUGGACUAUGACUUUACUGUGUUCAGUACUGCUUGCAACCGCUCAGUCCCAGGCUGGAUGGCUGCAGCAUGACUUUGGUCACCUUUCUGUCUUCAAGAAGUCAAAAUGGAAUCACUUGGUCCACAAGUUUAUCAUUGGACAUCUGAAGGGAGCUUCAGCCAACUGGUGGAACCAUCGACAUUUCCAGCAUCACGCCAAGCCGAACGUCUUCAAGAAGGAUCCUGACAUCAACAUGAUGGAUAUCUUUGUGCUUGGGAACACUCAGCCAGUGGAGUACGGCAUUAAAAAGAUCAAAAACUACCCCUAUAACUACCAACACCAGUACUUCUUUCUCGUGGCACCACCACUGCUUAUUCCAGUUUUCUACAACUACAAUAUAAUGAAGACCAUGAUUACUCGACGUGACUGGGUGGAUCUGGCCUGGGCUUCCACAUAUUACAUUCGUUACUUCUACUGUUAUGUACCACUGUAUGGUGUGUUUGGCUCACUGGCACUCAUGAUGUUCGUCAGGUUUUUAGAAAGUCACUGGUUUGUGUGGGUGACUCAAAUGAGCCACUUGCCAAUGGAGAUCGAUCACGAGAGGCGCCAAGACUGGCUGACCAUGCAGUUACAAGCCACGUGUAACAUUGAGCAGUCCUUCUUCAAUGAUUGGUUCAGUGGACACCUCAACUUUCAAAUCGAACACCACCUGUUUCCCAGGAUGCCACGCCACAACUACCAGCUGGUGGCCCCGCGGGUCCGCCAGCUGUGUGAGAAACACGGGAUUGCUUAUGAGACAAAAACUUUGUGGCGAGGAAUGGUUGACGUGUUCAGGUCGCUGAAAACUUCAGGGGAACUUUGGCUUGAUGCAUAUCUCCAUAAAUGAUAAACUGGGAUGUUCACAUCUGUCAUACAACAUGAAAAUCUGAUAAAUGAUACUGGAGUUAUGUUUUUCAGUGUUUACGGUAAAAGACUGUCCUAAUCUUUAAUGAGCGCUAGAUUUCUUAGUAUCAACUAUAGUAUGAUGUUUUAGGUGAAAUUGUGAAAUGUGACUGACUCAAUAAAGAUUUUCAACAAUAAAA